UACAACAAAAAAGAUUGACAAAAAAAAUCUUUGUAUUCAAUGGUUGACAGUUAGAGAACAAACAAUAAAAAAAAAAUUUUUUGUGAUGUCGACCAGAUGGUAUCCCCGAUAUGUUCGAGGUAAUCCUCAGUUGCGAAUAUUUUUACCAGAUUUUUGGAUGAUUGUAAAAAAACCCGAACAACCAUUACCAGCGAAUAAAGUUUUGUUUAAAGUACCUGUCCAAAUGACUGGAUAUGAUGUUAAAAAUUAUUUGGAAAAAAUCUACAAAAUACCGGUAAUGCAAGUGAAAACACGUGUUGUUUGUGGUGAAAUAAAGAGAGCUAAAUCUACUAAACCAUAUCUGAUAAAAGAAGAUGAUUACAGAGAAGCAAUCGUUGAUCUGCCAAAACAUGUUCAAUUCGAAUAUCCUGAUCUAUAUGGUGGUGAACGAGUUAAAUUAGAGGAUGAAAUCGAAAAAAUUGAAAAACAAUUUGAAUUCAUUAAAAAACGUGAAAAACGUCGUACAUUUUCGGAGAAUCGUCACAAUGUUCCCGGAUGGUUUGGUGUAUAAAUUUUGUAAAACUUUAGUCAUAUUCAAACACACAUAUAAACACAAACAAUUGUUUAUUGAAAUACUGAUCGAAUUUAAUGAAAUUUAAAAAAAAACAGAAACAAUUAGAGAUCAAUAAAGAAAUGUUUUUUUCAUUA